AUGGCAGUCAAGAGAACACACAGUAAGAUUCUUUUCAUGUUUGACAACCCCUCUGAAAACAGUUCAGUCCUCAAAUAUUUACGUGUGCUAAUUGGAUUUAAAUCCAUUAAAUAUGGCGGAAACCCUAAAGCAACAGAAGGAUGUUUAAGCCCAGCUUCUCCCAUGGAUUUGAAAGGUUUUAGCAGAUAUUCGUCAGGCGUAGGCCUUGGAGUUCUCGCAGUUCUUGAUGAUAAUAACAACAAUGAGCAAAGCCAGGCCAUGCCUAUCGUCUCUGUAAAACUGCCCUCUUGGAGUAAAUCGGGUAGAGGAGAGGAGAAUGGUGGAAGAUUAAUCAGAUGUAAAGAGAUGGUUUUUGAAGAUUCUGGGCCCUCAGCUUUAUCCUCGUUGGAACCUGCUGAUUUUCUCUACGCUUGUUAUCUGUGCAGGCAAAAAUUGUCCCACCAAAAGGAUAUAUUUAUGUACAGAGGUGACAAGGCAUUUUGCAGCGAGGAAUGCAGACACCAGCAGAUUGCGAGUGAUGAGAGGAAGGAGCAACGCCCAUCUCCGAGUUGUUCAUCAUCUUGUUCGCCCAUAUUCACAAUCACUCCCAUGCCUGCUGCUUUGUACUAG